CCCAACACAUUUCCAACUCUUCUUCCCAUCAAAGCAGCAACAACAACAAAGAAAUGGUGAGCCAGCAAAGGAAUUCAUCAGGUGAACCCAUUCACGAUACACCACCACACUGCUUGGUGGUUCCAUUGCCAGCCACAGGGCACAUCAACCCAAUGCUCCAAUUCUCCAAGCGCCUCAUCUCCAAACGGAUCCGGGUCACCCUGGUCCUGACCCGUUUCGUCUCCAAAUCCAUCACCGCGGCCCGUGAGGGGGAAUUCAACGUCUGCCUCGAAUCAAUCUCCGACGGCUUCGACGACGGUGGGAUGGAGGCGGCGGAGAACACCCGCGUCUACCUGGACACGUUUCGGGAAGUGGGCUCCGGUGCUCUGUCUCGACUCAUUGAGAAACAGAGCGAUGCAGGGGAACCUGUGCACUGCGUCGUAUACGAUCAUUGCAUCCCGUGGUGUCUUGACGUUGCCAAGAAGUUUGGACUGGUGGGAGCCGCGUUCUUGACCCAAUCCUGUGCGGUCGAUGCCAUUUACAACCAUGUUUAUCAGGGGUUGAUCCGGCCGCCGGUGACGGAGCAGGGGAUUUUGAGGGCUCUUCCUGGUUUGCCGCCGUUGAAGUCUGAAGACUUGCCGUCUCUUGUGUCGAAAUUUGGGACGUACCCUGCCAUUUUCGGUGCGCUUGUGGGGCAGUUCUCGAAUAUCGACGAGGCCGAUUGGGUUUUCUGUAAUUCGGUUUACGAGCUGGAAAAUGAGGCUGCAGAUUGGCUGUCAAAAAGGUUACCGAAGUUCACGACAAUCGGCCCAACCGUACCGUCAAUGUACUUGGACAAGCGAUUGAAAGCCGACGUGGACUACGGGUUCAGCAUCUUCAAGCCCAGCAACGAGCUCUGCAUGAACUGGCUCGGGAACAAGCCCAAUGGGUCAGUCGUUUACGUAUCGUUCGGCAGCCUAGCGAGUCUGGGCUCGGCCCAAAUGGAAGAGCUCUUUUGGGGAUUGAACAACAGCGGCCAUUACUUCCUGUGGGUGGUGAGGAAGACCGAAGAGGCCAAGCUCCCCAAGAACUACUGCUUCAAUCCGGAGAAAGGUUUGAUCGUGUCGUGGUGCUCGCAGCUGGAAGUUCUUGCGAGUGGAGCCGUGGGGUGUUUCGUGACGCAUUGCGGAUGGAAUUCGACGCUGGAAGGUUUGAGCCUGGGAGUGCCCAUGGUGGCAAUGCCGCAGUGGACUGACCAACCCACCAAUGCCAAGUUCACAAGGGACGUUUGGGGGAUGGGAGUGAGAGCUGAAGAUGGUGAGAAUGGGUUGGUGAUGAGGGAAGAGGUAGAGAGAUGUGUGAAGGAAGUGAUGGAAGGAGAGAAAGGGGUGGAGAUUAGGAGAAAUGGUGACAAGUGGAAGAAUGUGAUGAAAGAUGCUGUCAGUGAAGGUGGGAGUUCUGAUAGAUGUAUCAGUCAGUUUGCUGGAAGCUUGAUCAAUCAAGUUUUGAAGAGUUAGAGAUUGUUGUGUUGUUGUGUUCUUUUGUAAUAUGGAAAAAUCAAAACAUAGCAUAGUUGUAGGCUGAAGUUGAGAGCAGUUUUAUUACCAUUGGAAGUGUGAUUACUGUGCACUCUGGAAGCUAUGUAAAGCAGCACUUAGGCAAGCUAUUAUUCUUCUAUAUUUGAUAAUGCAGUGACUCUAAGAUAAAAUUAUCCCCAUAAAUAAAUUUCUGAGGAUGUC